AUGAUGUCCGGCGGUGGGUACUCCGCCCUCGACGACCCCAAGGCCUCCGGAUCCGUCCCGGCGGCCACGGGGACAGAUCCACCGGCCAUCAGGUUCGCCGACUCCAACCUCCAGACCUUCCCGCCGUCCGAGGCCAGGGGCAAGAUCGCUGGCGCCUACCGCCCGCCCACCGACGCCGACGACACCUUCUCGUCCAAGGGCGGAGGAGCCGGAAGCGGUGGCAGAGGCGGCAGUGCCGGGUCAGAUGAUGCCGCGCAGGGCGGCUGGUUCCGCAUGUUCUCCGUGGCGGCGUACAAGCCCUACUUCGACGUUGACACUUCCGACGUUGUCGAGAGGAUCUGGGAGUCCGUCUUCCCCUUCCGCGGCACGUUUACCGAGAAGACCUCCGAGAGCCCUGACCUGUAUGGGCCAUUUUGGACAUGCACCACCCUGAUUUUUGUUGCUGCAUCUAUUGCUACUUUUGUCACCUACCUUUCUCACAAAUGGCACAAGAAGGAAUGGAACUAUGAUAUCAACUUGGUUACCUGGUCUGCUGGCUUAUUCUAUGGCUACGUGACGUUUGUUCCUCUUCUUUUAUAUGUUAUUCUCAAGUACUUCUCAGCACCUGCUGGUCUGGUGCAACUGUGGUGCCUAUACGGAUACUCUCUGUUCAUCUUCAUUCCAGCAUCGCUCCUGUCUAUUGUGCCAAUAGAAAUAUUCAGAUGGGUGAUUGCUGGUGUUGCUGGUUUCAUGUCUGCUACCUUCGUUGCUGUAAAUCUCCGUGCGCACAUUGUAAAUUCUGGUGAGCGAUGGUUCCUGAUCGUUGCAGGGAUAUUCUUGUUGCAGUUGGGGCUUGCUGUUUUGCUGAAACUCUAUUUCUUCACGAUAACUGUAUAG